GCAAACUAACCGGCCUAAUUGAGCUGAUCGCUCGACACCAUGCAGCUAGCUAGGACAUGGCCGGAGGAGACGAGCUGAGGCUGCUGGGGACCUGGGCGAGCCCGCACGUCUUGCGAGUACGACUCGCGCUCCACCUCAAGGGCUUGGGCUACGAGUACGUGGAGGAGCAAGGCCUCAAGAACUACAAGAGCGAUGAGCUGCUCCUCAACAGUAAGCUGCCGGUGCUGACCCACGGCGGCAAGCCUGUCUACGGGACGUCGUUGAGCCUAAUCCAGGACCUCGACGAGGCCUUCACCGGCGCCGGCUCCUCCCUCCUCCCCGAAGGCCCCUCCGAGCGUGCUAUUGCUCGCUACUGGGGUGACUUUAUCGAUGACACGCUCGUCAAGGCGAUGGAGAAGGCGACAUGGAGCGUAACGUGCAGGGAGAAGGCAGGGGUGAAGGCCCAGAUGGCGGCCGCUAUGGAGACGCUAGAGGGAGCUAUGAGAGAGUGCUCCAAGCCCUUCUUCGGAGGCGAUAGCCCCGGAUAUGUGGAUGUGGUGCUCGGUGGCCUUCUUCCAUGGCUGUGCGUCACCGAUAAGAGACAACCCAGCAUGAAGACCUUCGACCCUAUCACCACGCCGCUCCUACUCGCAUGGCAGGACCGCUUCUGUUCGUUGAAAAAAGUUCAGGGACUCAUGCCAGAUGUGGGCGAGCUGGUCGACUUAGCCAGGCCGGUGCCUACUCACUGCUCCCGUGAAUCCCUGCAAGUUAUUUUAAUUUUGUCUUCACUUCUUGUGCAAAUUGCGACUGCAUGUAGUAGAUGAUUUUAGGUGGCGGCAGAGGGGAGCUCCAUGGUGAUUCCUUUUGUUCUGACUUCCACUGCCUAGUGCUGAGAAUGUUACCGUAUUGGUGUUGCUACAUACUGUAUGUUGUUCUUUUCGUCUGCGCUCUUUCAAUGAAACGUGGUCAUACUGCGGCUCAUGGGAUUGUCCGGUAUUAGCCACUGUGAGGCAUACUUUUUUUG